AUGCAGGGCGGCAUCCUCCUCGGCCCGUCGACACUUGGCCGAAACAAGGCCUUCCUCAACCACCUCUUCCUGAUGGAGAGCCUCACCAUGCUCGACACGCUGGCCAAGAUCGGCAUGCUCCUAUUCCUCUUCCUCGUUGGCCUAGAGCUGGACCUGGCCUCGCUUCGCCGCACGGGCAGUCGCACGCUCGCCAUUGCCGUUGCCGGCAUCUCCCUCCCCGUCAUGCUCGGACCUGGCUCCUUGCUGGCGCUAUGCGCCGCCAUUGCACGCAACGCGCCGUGUGGCCCAUUCAUCGUCUUCAUGGGUGUCGCGCUCUCCAUCACCGCGUUUCCGAUGCUUGCGCGCAUCCUCGCCGAACUCAAGCUCCUAACGACCGACCUGGGCCACAUGGUCAUGUUUGCCAUGGCCGUCAGCGACAUCACCACGUGGAUACUGCUCGCCCUGGCCAUUGUGCUCUAG